AUUCUCAUGCCUCUGCUGAACAACAACGCACCUAUAAUUACACACUUCCUGCGAAGAGACGGUAGCUUUGUCAUAUUGCUGUUAAUUCAAGCUGUUGAGUUGCUAUUUAACAACUAUCAGUUUCCUGCACGAUGAACAAAAUUGAAACAACUAAUAGAAAAUACGGUCUUUCUCAAGUCUAGAUUGGUUAUUAGCCACAAAUGGACAGGGGUGGCUCCUCUCGCAAGCAGAAAAAGCUGCAAACUUAUCGUCCACCUCUCAUUCACCCUCCAGCCAGAUCCUGAGAGUACAGAUUAUCCUUGCUCAUCUGCAAGCUAAGUUAUCUUAAUCCUCCAUUUCGAAUUUACACAUCAAGUAAUAUAUAUCCAAAUUCAGAUUUAUUUUUUAUCUACUUGGCAUUGGAAAAUCUUGAACCAAGGAAUUACUGGGUUUUCACGCAAGUGUGAAAUUUCGGAACCAUUCUGUUUCUGUUGCGAUCGUGAGGAAUUUAAAAUUGCUUACUUAAGAUAGCUAAAGAAUUUAGUUAUUCUCUUUAUUGAAGUGGUGGAGUUUCAUAUCAUCAAGAACACAUAUAUUGAGUUAUUCUCCUGUAGAUAUAUUGGCCUUGAGCCCAUGGAAUAGGUCAAGUUGCUAUACCUUCCUCUAUCUGUUUUUCGUGAUCAUUGAAACAAGUGCAACAGUAAGCAGGAAGAUCCAGUUAAGCAUCAAUCAUUGCCCAUGGAUUUAAAGCGCGUAGCCAAAAUUUAUUAUGGGUGAUGGGAAUUGUGAAUCUGCACUCCCCACUCCCCAGAGCCCAGAGAGAUUGUGCUGGAUGAUUUUGGGUAAUAGGACUGUGUAACUUGCUCGUGUGGAUGCAAAUUAAGUCAGGAGACGUGCUCCAUUUAAACGACAUACCUUCUAAAAGGCAUUAUAGCUAUGUGCUACCAUUACUCUAACAGCAUUGCUUUAGGAGCUGGCAUUUUAAUAUUUAAAUAACAAGCGAUGUUCUGGAAUUAGUGCUGUUUACAUUGCAAUAGAUAGUUUGAUACUACCACUUCCCCUAUAUUUUUACUCUUUCUCCGUAAUGGCUGCCCUUUUCCUUUUCCACAUCAUACCUUUCUUUGCCACUGAUUCCUCUGCCCUUCAUAAAGGCGCACUGCUGCCACUAAAUGGAAAUUAUCCUUAUAAAAAUAUUUGAUCCGAAAUGACACACUGAGCAUUAUUCACCUAUUGGUAUUUUUGUAGAAUAUGCCAAAAUGCAUUUGAGUCACCUUGAGGUUGAAGGUCAGAACUUGACCUUUUUUUUCUAUAGAAAUAUAAAUGUGCUUUUGUUUGUAACUAAGCAACUGGGUUGUGCUUGACACUGACUGCUGUAGUGACAGAUACUUUCAAUGUGUUACACAGCGCAAAUGAUGGUUGAAGUAUGGCCAAAUAUUUAUUUUAUCAAAUAUGUGUGAUAAAUUAUCAUGCCAGUCUUGAAAGUAGAAACCUUGACCUGGAAGUUGAAGCACUUCCAAGUUCCUACUUCCUUUCCUGUAGGACGAUGAACGACCUUGAAAUGAAUAAAACUGCUAGUGCAUAUGACUUUUUUUUCCCUGGGACAAUGUUCAGGUGUUGGAUGCUCCAAAUCUACACUGAUAUGCUUUUGAGUCAUGCUUUCUGUCAAAUAUACAAGCACCUUAGGACUGACAUACCUAGUUUAUUGCAUUUUUUUGUUUCUUACACUGUAUUUUAGUUGUUGCAAAGUAUGAUGUAACCAGGACUUGUUAGGGCGAAAAGCUUCUGCUGCAGUUUCCUAAUACUGAUGAAAGCGAGCAGCUAGUGUGGCCUCUGCAUAGUAAAAUAUAUUUUGCUUAAGUGGACACCCAUGUGUCAUAUCUGAGCAAGCCUUAUGACUGUGAAGGUAUGAUGAAGUGUCCCGAUACCUGAGUAGUAGUAUUUAAGCAAUCAUCUUUGAAGUUCUAACAAGCCAGAGUAAUGGGCAACACAGCACCUUAUGCUGUUUCAUUUCUCUUAAGGUUCAUAUAUGGAGUUAUGCAGGUACUUCUCAAAGUUGCUUUUAACCAAGGCACAAGUAUAUAUGUCCUUGUUUUCUACAGGCAUGUAAUAGCUACCAUGUUCUUACUGCCCGUUGCUUUUGCAAUUGAAAGGAAAACCGCCCCACAACUGUCAUACAAAGUCAGUCUGAAGCUAUUUGUGCAUGCAUUAUAUGGAAUGUCUGCUUCUAUUAACAUAACAUUUGUUGGUCUCAGUUAUGCUUCGGAAACUUCUGCUUCUGCACUACUAAAUCUCUUACCAGUGCUAACUUUCUUUUUGGCUCUACUGUUGCGGAUGGAGUCUUUGAAAUUAAAGAGGUUCCAUGGGAUUGUGAAAGUUUCUGGGAUAGUGCUUUGUGCUGCUGGUGUUACUAUACUGGCAUUAUACCAAGGACCUAAGCUCAAAUCUUUCAUCCACCACCCUGUUUUUCAUCAUGCAAGUCAGGUUGAUACCCAUCCCGCAAGGAGAUGGAUAUUGGGAAUUCUCUUGCAGUCUUUUGCGACUGCAAUGUUUGCUCUUUGGACAGUGUUCCAGGGCAAUUUAGCUGAGUAUCCGUCCAUGCUACUCAACGCAGCUGUUCAGGUAGUCUUUGCAACCGUUCAAUCUUUUGUUAUGGCUCUAGUGAUGGAGAGAGACUUCUCAAGAUGGAAGCUGAGCUUGGAUGUAGGUCUUGUCGCGGUCAUCUACUGUGGCGUCGUUGUUUCUGCAUUUUCAAACUACCUGCAACUCUGGUUAAUUGACAAGCGCGGCCCAGUGUUCGUGGCCGUGACGGCACCUCUUACUUUUGUUAUCACGAUCAUUCUGUCACUUCUCAUAGGAGAAGCAGUCACCCUUGGAAGUGUAAUGAGUGGAGCUCUGAUGGUUGGCGGUCUGUACAAUGUUCUCUGGGGGAAGAGAAUGGAGCAAGUGGCUCUAGGCAAGCAGCAAGGGCGUAGCGCAGGAAACGCAGCCCGAUUUGAUUUCGAGGAACAAGAAAGGGGUGCACCAGUUCCGGCAACGCAAGAUUUGAUCAAGCCAUUGCCUGGUGCGAGAUAAAAGACCGAUAUGCCAAGAUGAAACUGUGGGCAGCAAGCUUUGUUGUUUUAUUGACUGUUACUGUUAGCACCAAGCUUUAUUAUUAGGUGUAAAAAAGCUUUUGCUUCACGUCUGCCCAAGAGAAGCUGUUCCGGAUCUGUUUACUGCCAGUCAACUGUAGCAGCUUGUUCAGGGUUUCAGGCAUAUUGCUGUUUUGAGUUCC